AUGGCUGAGGAGGAGCCACCGCAGCUCAGCGUAGAGCUAGUAUCAAGGCCACUGGACUUGAUACCAGUAGUAAUUAAAGAGGCCGCUCUCGACUCACCCACCUUCCGCGCAACCGCUGUGCACUACGGCGACCAGAUCGAACUUAUAGAAAGAUGGCUCGACUCCUUUGUCCGCGCCACCUCGAGGCUUGCAACCGAAUGCAGCAACAUGCAAGCACUUGUAGAUACAUAUGUUCAAACUUCACACCCACCGUUGCAGCUCUCUGAAGCCGUCGUCGACCAUGACUACACAGUCCUGGCCCUCAAGCGCUUUGGCGAGGGGGCGCGCGAAUAUUGGAACAGCGCGCUGCGUUGCAUGAAGCGCGCCGAGACAACCAUGUGCGAGCCAUUGCGAGCCUUCAUCUCCAAUGACUUGCGCGUGUUGAAGGAAGCCCGCAAGAAUCUAGACUCCACCCAGCGCAUUUUCGAUCUAGCCAUCGCACGGUAUGCAGGGCAGAUCAAGUCAAAGGAGGCUUCGUCACUGAGAGAGGAUGCUUUCCAGUUGCACGAAGCUCGGCGGGCAUAUCUCCAGGCCAGCAUGAACUUCUGUGUCCUGGCGCCUCAGGUGCGCUUGACUCUGGACAAGCUACUCGUCAAGAUUGUGCAUGAGCAGUGGCGUGAGAUGAAAUCCGGAACCGAAUCCUCUGCAAAGGGCUUCACCAAUUGGACGUCGGAUGUUGAGCGCGUGCGCGGCUGGAGCAAGGAAAUGGAAAACGGCGAGCGUGUCUUCAAGAGAGAACUGCAUCUUGCGCGACAGCAGAUCGAGGCCGCUGCUGAAGUAAACUCACGACCAUCGCGAGAUCUUGAUUCGUACGCUGCUUCGACUGUUCCCUACCUUGGCACAGCAACCUCGACUGCCAAUUUACAAUCGCCAGCUAAACCAGACCCCGGAAGCGAAAAGGCAGAGAAGCAGGGCUGGCUGUUCCAGCGCACAAUCACGGGCAAACCUGCCAGGACUUAUUGGGUCAGGCGGUGGUUUUUUGUCAAGAAUGGCAUCUUUGGUUGGCUAACACAAGGAACACGAUCCGGUGCCGUCGAAGAAUCCGAAAAGAUUGGCGUGUUGCUCUGCGGUAUUCGACCUGCAUUUGCAGAGGAGCGACGCUUUUGUUUUGAAGUAAAGACAAAGGACACCACUAUUCUCCUCCAAGCUGAGACGCAAAACGACAUAACCGAAUGGAUUUCUGCGUUUGAAGUUGCCAAGCGCAAGGCGCUAGAGGAUACAUCCAAAGACUUGUCUGGUGCUGGUUCCAUCGACGCCGCAUUCUCUAUCAGCCCGCCUGUAGCCCCUGAAUUUGCUGCAAAGACUUCUGAAGGCAAUGUGGGCCUUCCUGGUGACGACACCGCCAAUACGGAUCGCCCUGACACUCUUGGUCCUCCAGGUACCGAUAGCCUUGCGGUACGUGGAAGUUUUGAUGUGACUAGGCGUGCUACUGGACUCGAAGGUGAUGGCAGUCGUCGCGAUCACACUGCCCGGAUUAUGGAGAAGCUUGACCUUACUCGAAAAUCAACAGUCGGCCCCCAGCUUAGCGGAAACAAUCCCUCUUCUGCAAGUGGCGGCAUUGCCAGCCUCAUAUCUGCCAGUCUUGCUUCAGCUAGUCAUAACCUUGUACAAGCUGGACAAAUCACAGCACCUGCAGUCGGACUUCCCGAUACUCGGCUCGUCAUGGGCCAGACGCUCCCUCACACGACACUUGCUCCUUCUACGCUUGCCGGUCCACCAGCACCAACAAAUCUAAGUAAAGCUGCAGUUGCUGUGAGCGGCGAGCGCGGUCUUGGUACUGGUCGUUCGGGCAACAUGCCUGGUGGACUAAUGGCCAACCUAUGGGGCUCAGUCAAUUGGGGGUAUGUCAAUAUUCUAGGCGAAGAGGAAUCCAGCACCCGCGUCGGACCUCCAAGUUCACCAGAUCCUUCGUCUGGCUUCAUGUCUGAUGACAAAAAAGCCGGAGUAGGAGGCGCAUCAGCAGGUCCGGUCAGUGUAGUACAUCGCAAAUCAGCUAGUAUGGGUAGUCUUAUGCCCGCUGCUCCCAACCGGGACGUGGUGGAUGAGGAUGAAUUCCCAAGCUCUUAUCCUCUCGCUCUACGUAUGCAAGAUGCGCAGUUUCGCAUACUGUUCCCUACAGUAACACGGCCAGAGAAAGUAGUCCUGGUGUUCCGUGCAGUAUGGAACCCAACAGACUUGCAAGAGUUUCCGGGUCGUGUCUACCUCACAACCAAGAACAUCUACUUUUACAGCAACCACCUGGGUCUCGUUCUCGUAACUGGUAUCAGCAUGUCAUCAGUUGACGAGGUCACUGCUGCACCCGGCAAAGACUGUGAUUUCCUAUUCCUCCAUUUCAAACCUGGCGCAAGGCAAGACGGCGCUACCAGGCUCACUGUCAAGACCUUCCUCGAACCUUUGAGGUUGCUUCUGCGACGCCUAAAUUUCCUCGUCCGCAACGCAGCCUCUGGGGAGUAUGACCUCGAGGAAACAGUCAAGAGAUUGCUCAAGAUGGAAACCGACGAUGGCCAGCACUCAGCGGCUGAAGAAGGUUGGGAAGAUGUUGCUCCCGACACGCCUGUUGAUCCAGGAUAUGGUGGAAAGAAUAUGAAAACGAGUCUGCGCAUUGACGGCAACUUGUUUGGACCAUCUGGUGCAAAUAUCAACAGAAAUGCCACCAAGUUCAAGUUGCCAAGUCAGCCUGUAAUAUUUUCUCCGGCUGGCAUGGCCCAGGUGGCAGUGGAGAAGGAGUACGAAAUUAGUGCAAAGGGGUUGUUCCAUAUCCUUUUUGGUGACAAAAGCGCUGUUUUCCAACUAUUGUACCGCGAACGAAGAGCGUCGCGUGUUGUGCAGGGUCCAUGGACCGCAAGUGACAAGAGUCUCCAGCGAAGAGACUUUGAGUACGAGAUUGCACAACCAGGCAAAAAUGGAGCCAUUGUCAUAAACGACUACCAAAUAAUCGAAGUGCUCAACGACCACCUCUGUUAUGUCGUAUCUGACCGGAAAACUCCGUGGUAUCUGCCUGGUCACGAGCGCUUUGUAUUGGUCAGUAAGAUUGUCGUCACGCACGUUUCGAAAGCACGAUGUAAGCUCGCUAUCCAUACCAAAGUGGACUGGAAACGCAACCCACGGUUCGCAAAGAAGCUUAUCGAGCGCCAAGCUUUACAGGACCUGGAGCUCGAAGCACAAGAUCUUGUGGAUGUGGUCAACGACCAGGUUGCAAGGCUUGGUCACAAUAGGAAUACUAACAAAGUUGUCAAUAUCUUUGGCCAGAUUGGUGCGCAAACGCAAGCUGUACAGCUGGAUGCACAAGACAUUCCGCCACCUAACCGACCUCGAAAGUUCAAGCUACAGCCACAAACCACAGGGUCGUUUGUUGCGCAGCUCAUUGGCAACAUUGUCAUCAGUGUAAUCUCAACCGUUAUGAGCUGGAUAUUGGCGAUCGGCGCUGGUCUAGGCAAGGUUAUUUCGGCACACACCUUGCUCUUUGGCCUCUUGCUCUUUAGCGGCGGGGUCAACUUAUUCUACACUUCACGAGACAGCUGGACAUGGUGGCACGAACGAGGCGCCGCAAAUUAUAUGGUGCGAUUAGGAGUCGGCCCAUCAACAAGCAUGACGCGCUCAAUCUACAUUCGCGACAUUGAAGACGCAUUCCUCAAUCCGAACGCCACCAGCAUCAAGUUAUCAGCGCCUGUCUCCAAUGCUGACAAUAAAUGCCACCAAACCUUCACUAAACUUCUCCACGACCCCUUUUCCACCAACCCCUCCCAUACCUUUUUCAAAACCCCCACACAAAGUACACAGCGCCUACACCGCACACGACAAAAUCUCGGAUCCCACCGCCACGACCUCCUCGUCGCCCUGCGCGUCGUCAAUCGCAUUGAAAAGGAAGUCGUAGAAGCGGAGUACGCAAAUUGGCUCCUUGAUGAAACCCACAAGUGUAGUAAAGUCGGGAAACUGCUCGAGAGCGCGGCGAAGCAGGGGAAGGGAAACCAGGUGGAGGAGUGGGUCAAGGGAUAUUGUGGGGACUGUGAGAGGAGUUUGAGGGGAGUGGAGGAGGGUAGGGGGUUGUUGUGA